AACAAGGUCUGUUCUGCAUUUUCCUGAAGAGUCUGAGAGCUAGAGGAAGAAAAACUUUUCCCGGAAAAUCCAUCUCUACCGACCCAAUGCUGACCCAUUUGGUUUCUUUCACUCCUUCAUUUCAACACAUGGAACGGUGAUUCUGGGGAGUAGUUGUAAAGAAGCUACAAGUGUUCCAGCAUGGACUUGCAAGGGGUUGAUUUCUCUCCUAGGCCACUGUCCAGAGCAUCAUUAAGUGACUUGCAUUUCUUGGCCAACUUUAUCAUGAGCACUUACUUGGGUCCUGAUGUCAAGUCUGACAACCCACGACGCUCAGCAUCGCAAAGAGUUGCUGAAGGGUUGCCUCCGUACUCUUUGAAUGAUCUGGGUCUUUCAUUUCUCAGUGUUUCUCAACUGGAGAGCUUAUAUUACUUUAUCCUGAGGCAUGCACUUCCUAACCUGGCAUUGAGCCCAUACUUGUUCCAUAUGUAUCUGAAGGGAGACCUGCCUCUGCUGAACUCAGGUCUUCCUGAGGACAGACUGCAGUUUACAAGUUUUUUUCCUUUACAUCUUCAUGAACAGACAAGCUUCCUGAGAGGCCUUGACAUUGUAAAGGGUAUUGUUCUUAUAAGUGAACCUGAUACAUCAUAUAUGAAACAAGAUGUACUGGAAAGGUUUAGAUACUUAUCAGGUAUGGAUAGUUUGAAGAUUGAUAUAAAUGAAAGCCAAAGGUAUCAACAUAGGCACUGGACUGGCAGGGAAGAGAUUGAGCGGAAUUUCUUGACAAUUAGUGGAGGACCAUAUGCAGGAAAUGCUUCCAAUAUAAAUAGUAUUUCACCAUCCAAGGUCCAAGAUGAAUUUAAGAGAAGGCGUCUUCUUGAGCCUCUGGAAAUGCCAGUGGUUCAGCAUGUGCCUUCAUUUUCACAUGGUUCCCCGAGGCGUUGCAAUUUGGAUGGGCCUUCCAUGAUGCCCCUUCUAUCUGUUUCAAAUGCUGAAGAAUGUAAAUCAGAGGCAUCUAUUGUUUUGACUGGGGUAGCUGGAGAAGUGAGUGCUGGACCACCUAUUGGUCGUGUGGACAUUGGUGUUAGCAAAACUGCAUAUUUCUUUCGUGUUGCUCUACCUGGGGUCAGGAAAGAUAACCGCCAUUUUGGAUGUGAGGUUGAGAACGAUGGGAAGGUUCAAAUCCAUGGGUCAACCAGCGCUGGUGGAAGAACAAUUGUGAAACAUCCCCGGGUGUUCCAGAUGAAGCUGCAGCAGCUAUGCCCACCUGGGCCAUUCACUGUAUCUUUCAGGUUGCCAGGACCUGUUGAUCCCAGGCUGUUCAAAGCUAACUUCAGAUCAGAUGGCAUUUUUGAGGGCAUCAUAGUGAAAUCUGAAGACAUGGACUAGCUGUGUAAAACGUUUCUUCUAACAACAUUUUCUUGUGUAAGGUUGUUCACCUGGUCUCCCUCUUUCAUAUACACUUGUGAUAUAAUUUUGUAAAAAUUACUGGAUGGGAUUAAGAAAGAAGAAAAGGUGGUUUCGGUA